GUGAAAGAGCAGUUCUGCAGACAAGCUGGAAAUGGGUGAGUCGCUGCCGGGGGCCAUGGUAUCAAAGUCUUUAAACAAUCAGUUGCGGACUUGAAUAACGCCGUCAAACACCACCGGUACGUUUCUUCUGUAGAGUCACAGUCUUUGUUUUCUGACCGUCUGGCGCUGUUGGCUUCCAGCUAGCAGGCUAAUGUUAGCUAGCGGAGUCAGGCCCAGCAGAGAGUUGACUACACUGUUUUUGCCAGCGACGCCACUUACACAGCUAAUGAGGCAGAAGUAAAUGGUGAUGCUCACUGCUGCAGCGUAUUUAAGCAUCAAAACUCGCACAAUUAAUCCAAUUAAUUUACAUUUUGACCAGUUUAUAGUAGCACAAUAAACGUUAGCAUUCGGGUUGAACGUUAGCUAACUGAAUCAAAGCUAGCUGACGUUGAGAUCAUGACAUCCAGGAGGACAGGCUAUGCUGGGAGCAUGGAUUCCUCUCCUUCAAAUAGCGGCAACAGCUCAGUUCACAGUGGAAACCGCAAGCAAAGUAUCAUCAAUAUCCCGGAGAGGCCCGGGGUAGAGUCCUGUUACGACCGGAAAGUGGACAAGGCUGCAUACGGAGCCUCGCAGGGCAGCAUGACCGUAACGUCUCUGAAAUCCCGUCUCGCCCCGACCAUUCAGACUGCCAUGUCCGCUGCAGUGGACACUCUGCUGGGUGAGGUGGUGCUUGUGCUCAAUGAGACUCAGCAGGAGCUAUUACACAAGGAACAGGAGAAUGAAAGACUCAAAGUGCGCCUGGAGGUGUCGGAAAGGGAGCUAAAGACUUUGCAGGAGUGUCUGUGCAGCGCUCAGAAGCUCAUAGACCAGCUCCAGAUCUCAUACACAGGCCCUCAGUCCAUCAAUCAGUCCGUCUUCGCACCAUCGCUGUCCUCCAUGGCCUCCAUGACUUCCGGCUUGGACCGGGACCACCAGAACAACCGGAAUGUGAACGGAGCCGGUGUGGACUUGGGUCUGGGUGGAUCUGUGGAUGAGUCGCUUCACGGCUUUGAGCCACGGGAUGACUACAAAAUGUGCCAGCUUUCAAUCCAACCAGAUGGCUCUGUGACUAACCACACUCUGGACUCCUUCGCCUCCAACACAUCUCACAUGUGCUCCGAUUCCAGCAGACCAGAUGAGCGUCAGGCUCAGGGACCAGGUGGAGCAUCCAGGUUUGAAAUUAAGGAGGAGCAGGGACCUGCUUCAGGUUCUGGUCAGCCCAGCAGGAAGGAACCUGGGUUGCGUAAUGACAAUAGAGUCGGGGACGGUGACCUUGGCUAUGUUCAAGUUGGAGGGGAGGGAGGUUCCCAGCGUUCCUUCACUCAGCCGCUGCGCCACCAAAGACCUGUGCGAGAAUGCACCGACGCCUUGCAGCAGCAGGGCGGACUUGACGGACAGAAACAGUUGGCGAGGACUUCAGGAGCCGGGAGAGUAGACAGUGUUUCCCCGGGCAGAGCGGAGGACUCGGCGGGACCUUCGGCCUCUGACACAGCAGGGGAGCCCUCUGGAGAUCGGCCACACCACUGCUUGGAGUGCGGAAAGACCUUCCGUCUGAUCUCCAGCCUGAAGAAACACAUCCGCAUCCACACAGGAGAGAAGCCCUACCCGUGUGGAGUCUGCGGACGACGCUUCCGCGAGUCAGGCGCGCUUAAAACCCACCUGCGCAUACACACAGGCGAAAAGCCGUACUCUUGUUCUGAGUGUGGAAACUGCUUCCGCCACUUGGACGGUUUGCGCAAACACAGGCGCACGCACACUGGAGAGAAACCCUACGUGUGCGCCAUCUGCGGAAAGCGCCUGAGCCGCCUGCAGCACCUCAAACACCACCAGCUCAUCCACACCGGAGAGAGACCGUGCUGCUGCCCCUUCUGCAACCGCAGCUUCAAGGAGCCCGCGGCGCUGCGGAAACACAUCCGCACCCACCGGGAGGAAGGCGGUCACAUGGGGAUUGGCGCCAGUGAUGACACGGACCCAGAUGCCAUGGAUGACAUAAACAACCUCCAUCCAGCAGCUCCGUCCCCGCAGAUGAGGUUUGGGGAGUGGGGAGCUGAGGAGGACGACAGCUCGGUGGUGGACUGUGUGUAGGAGACGAUUAAAGGAGUAACUGUCUGCUGGUAUUCUUACCAUGAAAAGCUACUCGAAGUGCAACACGUGGAAUAAGGUGUUUGUGCAGUUUGUAAACAUGACAGAUAAGGUCAUCUCUGCUCCAUGCUGUUUUAGUGAUGGAGGCUACAUAUAACCCUAGCCUUAGAGUUUCCAGCAUUUUCAUGUUUUACAUUCUAAGAUGUAAAAAUAACAUUUUAAAUAUCCACUGUACAUUCUUCAACAGCGAGUUUUUCCUUUUUUUUUUCCGGACAGUCAUCAAGCAGCAGCAGUAGCGUUCAGGUUGUUCUUGGCACAGGAAGUUGCUAGUUUGCUAACUUCCCGGCAAUAAUUUGGGAAAUUGAUGGCAGCAGUGGAAAAGAGUUGUUUCCUCUCUUUAAAAAUAUAAGUGCCUUGAACACUCACUCAACCGUCAACUGAGUCACUGCUGCUGCUGCUGCUGUUCAGGACCGUUCUCUCCUGGAUUUUAAUCAGGACAAACGUUAUGUUAAAACUCUGGUUAUGAUUUUUUAAAAAAGUUUUAUACUUGGACACACUUGGAUUUGCUCCCGAAUUAUUAUCAUCACUUAUUAAGCAUGCUUUUGCCAACACACUGAGCUGCUCAGAAAGACAGAAAUGGAUCCACAGAGCUGGUUCAUGCUUCAUGAGUCCUCACCAUGCGCAUCAUGUAGCUGGGCAUUAAUGCCUAAACCAAGUAUCACAGUGUUUUUCUUUUAUAUCCAUUUUCUUUUAAUCCUGUGCGUUUACACAAUAUUUAUUAAGUCAAAUGAAUGGUUAGUUUUUGAUGCACAUGCACAUAAUAUAGCAUGAGCAUCUUGAUUGACAUUUUUUCACCUGACUUGCUUUGAUUUGAUCGGACAGUUGAAGUUUGGGUGGGGACGAGAUGAUAUGCAGCAAAGAGCUGUAGGUCGAAAUCUAAUCUGGGCUGUACUAAACAUUUAGCCACCCUGUUGUACAAGUGGCAGACACUCUACUAGGUGAGCUACAGGACGGCUCUUAAUGAGUCCUUUAAGAGCAGGAAUAUAAAACUCGUAAAUAAUAAUUUUAAGUAAAAUCCCAGAAAAUAAAUGUCUCAUCUUAUGAUAUUUAUGUUGUACUGACUCUCAGCUCAACCUCAGUAUCAGGGCUGCACUAUUAAUUGGAGAUAUAAUUGGUGUUGCGAUAUGGCCAAGUGCAAUAUUUAAGUUGCGGGUGCUGCAGUUUUUUGUUAAAGGUCAGGGUUUGCCGUCAAACUCCAGCACACUGUCUAACUUGCAGAAUCAUGCAUUUACUGCGACGCUUUGAGAAGGCAACCUUAUUGGGCAAACUGUUGUGUGAUGAAGAGAAGCCCUCUGAAGGGGAGUGGCUGAGUCUGCAAUCAGCCACAUUCCCCAUGUGCAGUGAGAGGGCACAAAUACCAAACAUCAGUUUACUGCGUGAUCUACAAUAAUAUAGACAGAGGCAGAGACAUAAAGGUAAAAAGUAAAAUAUAAAGGUAAAAAGAUAAAAGUAAAAUGUGUCACAGCAUACCAGUAUAAAUGAAGCUUUAUAGUGGUCUACAAAUCAUACUCCAGAUGUAAGGAAAUGUGUUUUAUUUGGUACAGACCCCAGCAAGAAUCACACAAUCAUUACUUUUAGAGGUUUUUUUUUUUGUGAAAAUUACAUGCAAAAAUUACCACUCCCACUGAAAUUGCAACAUGAAUUGCAAUAUCUGUCAAUAUAAUCGCACACAUUUUUUUUUACUGCUUAUCCUUUAUGUAGUUAUUGCAGCACUAUUAGCCUGUAUGAGUUUUUAAUGGUGUGUAAAUGUGCAGAUACAAACUAAAGAAUGUAUCUCUGUGCUGAAGUCAUCUGGUGUCUUCACCAAAUGGAUUAAGUUCAGAAAUAUUAUACCUACAACAGUUUUUUCAAAUAGUUUUCCAGUUGCAUAAAGAAAUCUUGUGCUUAUGAGGGACCAAAGCAUAUUUGUGAAUACUGUUGUAAUAUUACCUCUAUUUCCAAAUAGUAAUGACUAUAGAAAUACCAGUGCAUUCAUCAAAUUUAUGAGCGUAGCGUGGCCAUGCAGCCUGCCCCGAUAAUUCCAUCUCUGAGAUAAAAAGCUAACAUUAUUUACACUUGUUGUGUGUGUUUCUUCAUGAAGCGUGAACCAGUUUCAGUCUUCAGUCGACAGCGUCCCAUUCUGAAGGCCUGCACUGCUCUGUCUUAUCUCUCCCCGUCUUCUGCGCAGCCCUCGUCAGUUACACAAUGUUUUCUGUCGAGCCGAAAUUAUCUGUGUCAAGAAUAUCGGAAGAUAUCCAUACACGGAUCGAGGGCACAGUCAGUUGGCAUCAGCAUGCGCCCAGAUCGACAGCUUCAUCACUGCUUCAGUGUUUCUCCGGUCUUGAUUAUCAUCCCUCUCUGAUGGAUCAUAUCUUAGCAUUCCUGUUUUUUGUUGUUGUUGUUUUUGCUCGAGCUGCUGCUGUUAGUCUAGAAAGCUUUUCCUUUUCUGGACUUGUAUUAUUGUAACCAGCCAGUCACUAGCAAUCACUAGCAGACAGAUUUUGGUGCUUGCAUGUGCAUAUCUGCUGCUUCGCUGACGCUGUACAUAAGAAUGUAGUUUUAGCCAUUUUAUCUGGAUUAAUGAGGGUUUUACAUUUGUGGAAAAGUUUUUUUUUUUCUUUUUUUUUUUUUUUAAACGUAACGUGCUUUGAAAACAUCAGUAUGCUAACAUGCAUUGUAAUUAUAUCUAUAUAUAUAUAUAUAUAUUUAAUCUUAUUAAAACUCUUUUUGACGUUCAUCCUGGUGUAAUACUGCAUCGAGGUUAACAGCAGAGCGUUAAUCUUCUCAGCCUUUUGAACUAUACUGUAGGUCUCUGGUGUCAUUUAUCAUGUAUACUGCUAUAACGAUCUCCAUGUAACUAUUCUGUGUACAUUUACAAGUGUAAGUCAUUUUGAAAAGGCACUCAAAAUGUUAAAUAUCUGUUACUGUAUACCCAGAAUUGCCAAGGUAGUCUUGACCCCAGAUAAUCAUAUUUAUUGUUUUUGUAUAACAUACAGACUGGGGCUUUGCAUGUAACUGAAAUGGCAUUUCUUCCUAAAAAAAAGUCAGUGUUAAAUGUGAAAUGAGUAACUUUUUUAUGCAUCGGUGUCCAACAUAAUUCCCCACACAUCACAUUCAUCCCGUUACCUGCUGUAAAUGUUACCAUAUUAAAGGGCCUUGUUUCUA